AUGCCGCCCGGAUUGGAAGACGUUGAGAACCGGAUUUCUGCAUUCAGCGCGUAUGGUAAACGUGUAUCGACUGUGAAGCCAUCUCCUCAGAUUGAAAAAGACUCCUUAACUCUAGCCACAACGUCAAUUACCGGAGUUUCUGUUGGAAGGAUGCGUGAAAUAUGGGAGCAACCUGAUGCGCUUGCCAUGCCGGUUGAACGCAGGCGUCAUAUCGAACAAAUCUCUGUCUCUUCUAAGAUUAUGGCUCAGAAUCAGGAUCUGCGCAAGCGUUCUAAGUGUAAGACAUCACAGAGGGGUCAGUUUUGCCAAAAAGAGUUCAAGUACAUUUCUCGCGUCCAGCAGCAUGAACGUGUUCAUACUGGAGAUUGACCAUUCAAGUGUGAUGAAUGCGGGAUGUCGUUCUCUCAGUCAGACACUCUAUGUGCUCAUAAACGUACUCAUACCGGAGAGAGACCGCACAAGUGUAAAACAUGUGGCUCAUCGUUCACACAAUCGUCCCAUUUACGCCAUACCCCUGAAUAUACCAGUAGCAUGUUUCCUGUUUCUCCUCCGCCAUUGCUAAAACGGGCGAGGAACACAAUUCUUUCGGCCUGUAAUUCUAAUCGUCAACCAGCUUUCAAAACGACACAUGGAACCGAACGCAAAAGCGAAAGGGAUGAAGCUACGUCUAGUGCACCAACAGCAAUGGAAGACGUCGAGAACUGGACUUCUGCGUUCAGCGCCUAUAAUACACGCGAAUCGCCAGUGAAACCAUCUCGCCAGAUUAAAGUGGACGUCUUAACUCCAGCCACAGCGUCAAAUGCUGGAGUUUCUGCUGGAAGGAUACGUCAAGCAUCGGCACAACCUGAUUCGUGUGACAUGCCAGUUGAACACAGACGUCCUAUCCAAAGAUUAUCUGACUCUUCUAAGGUUAGGGCUCAGAAUCAGGAUCCGUCCAAGCGUUCUAAGUGUAAGGCAUCACGAAGGUGUCAGUUUUGCAAGAAGGAGUUUAGGAACGUUUCUCAUCUCCGCGAGCAUGAACGUAUUCACACUGGAGAUCGACCAUUCAAGUGUGAUGUAUGCGGCAUGUCUUUCUCUCGGUCAAGCACUCUAUGUGUUCAUAAACGCACUCAUACAGGAGAGAUUCAUUGCAUUCCCAACUCAUCACAACCACGCGCUCUUCAGCCGAACCAUACAGACACCAGAACAAGAGCGAGAGAGUGA